GUGAGUUGAGUUGAGUGAGUGAGUUUGGAGUUCCGACUGACAUUGUUUCCUACGGAACGAUAUCGAAUGCACCAUAACAGGAAAUACAACAAAAACGCAGCGCGUAGUAUCAACAGUGUAUCUUAGUGUCCAGGGUAUUUUAAUAAUGAAUGUUUUCGCUACUGCAAACUACUGUGUGUUCAGGGGUGACAUAGUCUGAGUAAAAGAUACGCCAGUCUGACCUCAGAGAGACACCAUGCUCUCAGCCAAGAUGACCUGUCUCUUAACUAUGAACGCCCUGAGGAGGAUUUACCCUGGACCUUACCUCUACUCCCUGUCGAACUGCUUUCUUCACAAGGAAGGUGGAAGGACCAUACACAAUAUCCACUCAGAGACCAGGAUAUUGAGAAGAAUGUUGUACAGACAGAGUGCAAUCCACCCAUCAAUCAGACAAUGUAAAACACAGCACUAUGGGAGAAGAUCAUUGAGUUUGUCAGCUGCUACAGUUGUGAAUUCAGCACCAGCUCCUGUCAAGCCAUACCUGCAGUUGAUGAGGCUUGACAAACCUAUUGGGACAUGGCUACUGUAUCUUCCCUGUACAUGGAGUAUCGCUCUGGCUGCUGACCCAGGAUGCCUCCCAGAUCUGGGCAUGCUCGCUCUGUUUGGUAUGGGUGCUCUGCUGAUGAGAGGAGCGGGCUGCACCAUCAAUGACAUGUGGGAUAAGGACUUCGACAAAAAGGUGUCCAGGACGGCCAUUCGGCCCAUUGCCUCAGGGGAGAUUUCUCGAAUGCAGGCACUUGUCUUCUUGGGAGGGCAGCUCUCUCUUGCACUUGGGGUUCUCCUGUGUCUCAACUAUUACAGCAUUGCUUUGGGUGCGGCUUCACUGUCUCUUGUCAUCAGCUACCCGCUGAUGAAGAGGAUCACUUACUGGCCACAGUUUGUAUUGGGCCUCACAUUUAACUGGGGAGCGCUGCUCGGCUGGUCCGCUGUAAAGGGCUGCUGUGAUUGGUCUGUGUGCCUCCCGCUGUAUUUCUCAGGAGUGAUGUGGACAUUGAUAUACGACACAAUAUAUGCACAUCAGGACAAGGAGGAUGACGUCAAGGUAGGCAUCAGAUCUACUGCACUGAGGUUCCAGGAGCAAACCAAACCAUGGCUGAGUGGCUUCACAGCGGCCAUGAUGUCAGGACUAGUCGUAGCUGGUGUCACUGCUGAACAGACUCUCCCUUACUAUGCUGUACUGUCCAUAGCAGCCGUUCAUCUAACACGUCAGAUUUACACAUUGGACAUCAACAAACCAGAGGACUGCUGGAAGAAAUUUGUCUCAAAUAAGAACCUUGGACUGUUGUUAUUUUUAGGCAUUGUUGCUGGGAAUUUAUGGAAAGAAAGAAGAGAGACCUUGCUGCAAACUGAGGAAUGAUUCAGAUAGGGGAGAUAAUCAGUGCACAGUGCAUUUUAUAACAUUUUUGGUACAACAUAUAUGAUAUUAUUGCGCGAUAUCUUUAGGGAUUUUGAGUAUAUACAAAGCUCUGUGAGCGCAAAAGCAUGUACUGUAAGCAGUGUGAUUUUAACCCUCACAAUAAAGUAAUUGGAUGCAUUUUUUGCUCAUAAAACAUUUGCAAUUAAAUUCAAAAUUUCUUUUACAUAUAUACAAUGUGUAAUUAACUUUAGUAAUCAAACACUUCAACGUAUCCAUAUGACUGUGGGCCACUGGUAGUUGUGCUUAAUACGAAACAGAAAAUGUGAAUUUGAUUAAUAAGCAACAUGCAAUGUUAUUGGUAAAAAUGCUUUAAACCUGCAUUAAAUGAUUCUGACCACGAGGGGGCGGUG